UGCAGCCCCAGCCUCUUCAUACACACAAACAUACACCUCCAGGAUCUGACAGUGCUGGGCUCAAAGAUGCCCAGCAGGGGAGUGGGUAGCCUGAGCCAUCUGUACUGGAUAACCCCUGCUCCCCAUUUCUCAGCCACAAGCCAAGUGGGAUACUGUUUCAUCGUGCUGCUGCUGCUAAUACAGAUACCCCAUGCCUGUGCCCAUGAAGUACCUGACCUUCUGCCCCGACCUGGCUGCUCUGGAGGGAGCUGUUACCCUCCCACUGGCAAUCUGGUUGUGGGCAGGAGCCAGAGUCUCCACGCCUCGUCCACCUGUGGUUUGAAGGGGCCUGAGCCCUACUGCAUUGUCAGCCACUUACAGGACUCUGAGAAAUGCUUCUUUUGUGACUCAAGGGGCCAGGGAGGCCAUAGGAUCAAGAAUGUGAUCUCCCUGAGCGGACCCGAUGGGCAAAGAACAUGGUGGCAGGCUGAGAGUGGUGUGGAGAAUGUCAGUAUCCAGCUGGACUUGGAGGGUGAAUUCUACUUCACCCAUCUUAUCAUGACCUUCAAGACUUUUCGCCCAGCUGGUCUACUCAUUGAGCGUUCAGCAGAUGGGGGUCGAUCCUGGCGAGUUUACCGAUACUUUGCUCACAACUGCUCUGGCCUCUUCCCUGGGGUUCCCCUUACACCUGGUCGCAAAGUCAGCGACCUCGUUUGUGAUCAGCGUUACUCGAACAUUGAACCAUCAAGCCAGGGUGAGGUAAUUUUCAAAGUUCUGGACCCAGCCAUCCCUGUGGAGAAUCCCUAUAGUCCAGAGAUCCAAGAACUUCUUCGAGUUACCAACCUGAGAGUGAAUUUCUCUAAACUCCACACAUUGGGAGAUGGGCCCCUGGGGGGCUGGGGCCACCACCAUGGGCCUUACUACUACUAUGCCUUGUACGAGCUUGUGGUCCGAGGAAGUUGCCUUUGCCAUGGACAUGCCUCUGAGUGUGCACCUGCUCCUGGUGCCCCACCUAGUGUGGAUGGCAUGGUCCACGGGCUUUGUGUGUGUCAGCACCAGACAGCUGGACCCCACUGUGAGCACUGCCAGGACCUGCACCAUGACCAACCCUGGCACCCAGCUGAGCCUGGGAAUCCUCACGCCUGCCAGGAGUGUGAAUGCCAUCAGCAUGCCAGGAGUUGCCACUUUGACAUAGCUGUUUUUGUGGCCUCAGGCAAUGUGAGUGGAGGUGUGUGUGAUGCAUGUCAGCACCACACAGCAGGGAGGCACUGUGAGAUCUGCCGACCCUUCUACUACAGGGACCCCCGUGAAGACCCCCGCUCCCCAUAUACCUGUAAACCUUGUGACUGUGACCCUUCAGGCACCCUGGAUGGGGGUCUCUGUGACACACACACAGAUGAGGUCCAGGGGCUCCUCUCUGGACAGUGUCGCUGCAAAGCCCACGUGUGGGGCCCACGCUGUGAUACCUGUCGUCCUGGUUACUAUGGUCUGAGCCCAGCAUUACCUGAAGGUUGUUUGUCCUGCAGGUGAUCCUCGGGUACAGUCCGAGGUGACACCCCCUGUGACUCCAUCAAUGGUGACUGCUAUUGCAAACGUUUUGUUACUGGCCAGAACUGUGACCAAUGCCUGCCGGAAUUCUGGGGCCUGAGCAGUGACUUCACUGGCUGCCGGCCUUGUGAUUGUGAUUUUGGUGGCGCCUACAGCAACAGGUGCUCGUCAGGGGAGGGGCUUUGUCCUUGUCGCCCCCACCUACAAGGCCGAGACUGCCUUGAGCUCCAGUCUGGUUAUUUCUGUGCAGCCCUGGACCAGGCUGUAGCUGAGGUGGAGCUUGGGCAGAGACUCAAGCCCUCUGACCCCCGGCUACCUGGAGCCCCUCUAUCUGAUGUCCCCCGCAACUGCCUGCCAACAACAGGACCUGUGCCGAAGAGGCUCAGACCCCGGCUCUGGCGCCAGCGUAGCACGCCCUGCCCUGUGCAGGUUACUCGCCAUGGACGCCACAGCCAUCAUCCAUCAGAGGCUGCUGUGGAGCCGCGGCCUGGGGGCCAGGGCCCUCAGACCUACUCCUGGACAGGCCCUGGGUUUGCCAGGGUGGAGGACAGGGCUGGCCUCAUGUUCCAGGCCCCUCCAGUGCCACGAGCCAUGGAAUAUGACAUUGUGCUGCGUUAUAAAGCUCAGGCCCCCGAGGACUGGGAGGCCCUUGUCAGUGUCCGUGCCAGCUCCCUGCCCAGCAGCACCCGUUGUGCCAAUGUGUUGCCCUCAGAGCAGCUCUAUCAGGUGGCCCUACCUUCCAGGCGCAGAGCUGUGGUUCUGUCUAGACCCUUCUGCUUUGAACCUGGAACCAGAUACAUGGUGACCUUGAGACUGCAGCGAGUGACAAGUACACGGAGCCUACCCAGGGGAAGCAUCUUGCUAGACUCCCUGGUGCUUCUGCCUCGAGUAGAAGAACUUCCAGGCCUAAGAAGGGGGGACCCUGGGGCAUCGAGUCGCCUGAGAGAACUCAGUCGUGCCCAGUGCCUUGAAGCUGCAAGAACACCCCCCCUAGGGCCACCAUCAGAGUCCUGUGCCCGCUUGAUCUGUAGCAUCUCUGCCCUUCUCUAUGGUGGUGGCCUGGCCUGUGAGUGUGACCCACAGGGCUCUCUGAGCUCCGAGUGUGCCCGUGUGGGUGGCCAGUGCCCAUGUCGACCCCACGUCAUUGGCCAGCGCUGUGACCAGUGUGAGCCCCAGACAUAUGGCUUUGGCCCAGCAGGCUGCAGUGAGUGUCAUUGUUCCCCUGAGGGGUCCACCAGUUUGGCCUGUGAUCCUUUAAGUGGACAGUGCCCAUGCCAGCUAGGCAUCACAGGACGAAGGUGUGACCAGUGCCUGCCUGGCCAGUGGGGCUUUCCUCGGUGCCAGCCCUGUGAGUGUAAUGGGCAUGCAAAGCAGUGCCACCCACACACAGGUGUGUGCCGGGCCUGUGGAGAUGCCACCACUGGGCGUCAUUGUGAAAGGUGCCAGGAUGGUUAUUAUGGAGACCCUGUCCUGGGCUCUGGACAGCAGUGCCGGCCUUGUCCCUGCCCUGGGUUCCUGGGCUCUGGUAAUUACCAUGGGACCUCAUGUCAAGCGGAUGGUGGGAGUGAACGAAUCCUGUGUCUCUGUGCCCCUGGUUAUGCAGGUCCUCGCUGUGACCGCUGCUCUGCUGGCUACUUUGGGCGCCCCUGGCCAGAGGGAGUAGUGGGGAGGUCACCUUGCCGACCCUGCCAGUGCAACAACAACAUCGACCCUAGCGACCCCAUGGCCUGUGACCCCCACAGUGGGCACUGCCAGCGCUGUCUACACCACACCCAUGGGCCACACUGUUCACACUGCCAGCCUGGCUACUACGGCAAUGCCCUCUGGCCACGAGGCUGCCGGCGUUGCAGCUGUGACCUACAAGGCACAGUGCCUGCCCGGUGCCUGCCUGAAAGUGGCAUCUGUUUCUGUGAUAGGCUCAGUGGGCACUGCCCCUGCCGCCCACAUGUCCUAGGGCAGUUCUGUGAUCGCUGUGCCCCCCAGUUCUGGAAUCUGCGAGGGCCUCGGGGCUGUGAGCCCUGUGCUUGUCAUACCCAGCACUCAGUGCAGCUAACCUGUCAUCCGGUCACUGGUCAGUGCCCAUGCCGGGAAGGAUUUGGGGGACGUACCUGCUCUCAGUGCCAAGAAGGGUACUGGGGGGCCCCAGAGAAGGAGUGUAAAGCUUGUGCCUGUGACCCUCAGGGCUCAGUCUCUCUGCGUUGCCACCCUAGGACAGGGGCCUGCUCGUGUCUCGAUGGCAUCUCAGGCCCUCAGUGCAAGGCCUGUGCCCGGGGCUCCCAGGGCAGUUUCCCCCACUGCCGUCCCUGCCCAACCUGCUUCUCUCAAUGGGAUGGACAACUGGAUGCCCUCCAGCAGCGGCUGGCCACUUUGGCUCAGGGGAGGGAUGCCCUGAGUGAGGUGGCUCCUGAUAGGGGCAAUGGGGGACGGCUGCUGGCCCUGGAAGCAGCCAUAGGGCAGGUCCAGGGAGUCCUGGUGUCCACCCGUCCCCUGGUGGGGCCCUUGCAGCAACUCAUGCAACAUCGGGAUAUACUCAGGAGGGAGGUGUCAGUGCUGGGCCGAGCACUUCGAGGGGCGGAGCGGAGUGUGGGUGUGAGUGGUCCCUGGGCUGGAGCUCAGCACUCCCGCAUAGGCCAGCUGGCACAAGAAGUAGAACAUCUCAAACACUUGACGGUCCAGCUCAAGGAGGCCCCAGGAGGAGCCGGGGGGGAUGCUGCUUCCCUGGUCUCCAGGGCUGCUUUGAUCUCCCAGGAGGCUGAGUUUGGUGUUAGAGUCACGACUGCCCUGAUGGACACAGAGAGUGCCCUGAGCCAAUCCCACAAUGUCCGAAGCAGAACAGAAGGGCUGCUGCGAGAGAUGAAGCCUCCCUUCAGAGCUCCUGCCUGGAGGGAGCAGCUCCAGGGACUUGUGAAUGCCUCCUGGGCCCUGAGCCCCAGCUUGGCCCAGCUCAAGGUCUGUGGGGGGCCAUGGGGUGUAGGGAGGGCCUGUGCUCUCUCCCCUUGUGGGCCAGCUUCUUGUCCUGGGGCACUGCCUGCUUCCUUGAGGGCACUGGGGACUGCUCGAAACACAUCCCAUGCUUUGGGUACAACAGGUACCAGACUGGGACGGCUACACCGCCGGCUGCAACGCAUUGGGACCAUGGCAAGGGCUGCCCACUUGCAGGCUGAGGAGACACUGAGUAGAGCUCGAGUCACAUGGCGUGGGGCUGGCACUGCUCCUAUCUUGGCCACCAUCCAGAGGAUCCGGGCCUUCCUUACAAAUGAAGGAGCAGACCCUGAGAGCGUGGAGCUGGUGGCCCAGAGAGUCCUGAAAAUCCCUCUGCCCCAGGGGGGCCAGAGAGCCAUAGAACAGCUGCUAGAGGAGAUCCAAGCUGCCCUCCAGCUCCCAGACAGUAUGGACUGGGCUCUGCCUUCAGCCCAGGGCCUCCUUCAGCAAGUACAGUGGACCAGGGAGGAUGCAGACAGAACUCAGGACAAUGUUGGGAAGACCCGGGGAGCUCUAGCUGAGGCCCAGAACAAUAUAGGGAGAGCAGAGAGAGAGCUUCGAAAAACAAAGCAGGCACUGAGGAGCCUAGAAGUUCAGACACAGGAGAUGGCUUUAGGGCUAGCUCAAGCCACACGUGAUCUGGAUGUGGGUGCCACCCUGGACCAGCUCCUGGGGGCAGCAGAUGCUCUGCAGGCCCAAAUGUCAGAAAACAAACUACAGCUGAGGGAGGCCCAGGAGCAAGCAGAACAGGCAUCGGACACAGCUGCAAAUUUGGGCAAGGAGCUGCAGACAGCCAAACUACAGUUCUCAGAGCUUCAGUCUGGGAUUGAUGGUCUUGGGGUUGAGGUGAAUGGGGCCAGAGACCGUUUGCAGCAAAUUCAGGCAGAAGCCAGAGAGCUGCUGAAGAAAGCAAACAGGAGUCGGAGCCGCCUAGAGGGGCUGGAGAAACGCUUUGCCGGAAAUGAGCAGGCACUUGGAGAGAAGGCAGCUGAGCUUGGGGCCCUGGAGAUCAGAGCCUUGGGGCUGCUGGAGCAGCUGAGGCAGGAAGCCAGUGCCCAUUCUACCUGCUGAUCCAGCGACCCCCAGUAAAACAAAGACACCCCCCCUAUAGAGAGAUAAGUCCCAGCGUUCUGGGAUACAGACCACCCGUGCACCAGAAACACAACAGCAAUCCCCGAAGAUUCCCCCCCCCAGCAUAUGCCCGACAGCUAUUUCCCCAAGACCCCCCGGCAGAGGGAUCCUGGCCCCCACUCCCCAUCCCCCACCCCCACCUUGCAGAGGGACCGCGGCCGCCAAUCCCACGGAGGAUCUGCAGCCUCCUCCAUCCCCAGCGGUCCUCUCUGUCUUUUAAUAGUUCUCCGGCCCCGCUCGCCACUUAAACUUGGCAGGAAAGCCGCUGAACCUCUGGGUCCUGCCCUUGGCUCCCUCCCCCUCCCUCCUCUAAGUCCUGCCCCCGGAGCCCCCCGGGGGACAGGGCGGGGCGCGCCCUACCGCGCGCUCCUGUGCACACUCGGGCUCGCGCAUUCCGGGACCCUCGCGGCCGGCGCCGAGGUUGCGCGCGCCCGGCCGCCGCAAAGUCCGGAGCGGAUCAGGCGGACAGCGGGCUCAGCAGCUCACCCGGCUCUGGAUCCCUGGUCACGGUGCCGCAGUCAUGGCUCCGCCUGGCCCUAGUUUUGGCAUGGUUCUUUUUCCACCCCGGCUCCGUUAAUUUUGUUUGCUGCAACUAUUCCUCAGUCUGGGAAACCGAGGCAGCUUUGUGCCGGUGCAAAAUGGAAAUGAUACCCUUCACCAGCUCUGGAUUCCCAUCCCAGGGAAGGAGGAGAAGGGGACCCUGGCAGCCUGGACCCUGAGAUUGAGAAGUGGGUGGUCUGACCACCUGGAUACCUAUUUCCUCAACACUCUACCCACCCACUCAGGCCUCUCCGGGCACUUGACCACUUGGGGUUCCCUCAAAAAUCCCCAGGACUUCCUUGGCCCACCCACACUUAAGAGAGCAGGCAUCUUUUCUUUUAUGUCCCUGUAUCUAUGCCUAGCUCUCCUUCCCUUCCUCUGUAACGCUGAGCCAGGCCCAGACAUGGAACUUCGAAAUCCAAUUUACCCAACAUAAUGAAGUGUCUAGUGUGUGCAGUUCUGCUGGGCUUUGAGGGAAAUACAGAGGUUAGACAGUCUAAACUUGCCUGGAAGGAACCUCAGAUUAGUCCCUUCAUUUUAGAGGAGGCCCAGAGGGGUCUAUAAGAAUUUGUCCAAGAUCACAUAACUGAUAAGUAGUAAAAUCAGGAUUAAAAUCCAACUUAGUACUCUUUCCACUACACAUGAGUGAAUAACCACAAUACAUCAUAAGGGCAUCAAAGAGUUACAAGAACCUUAUCAUUUGGCCCCCCAAGCCUUUAAUCAUUCCUUUUCUCCAGUCCCUCAUGCAUAAAAUGCCCAAGUAAUCCACCUUUUUGCAUUCCUCUGACAGCCUCUGCCCAGAACCCUUCAGUGACUCCCCCUUGCCCACAGAAUAAAAGCAUCUAAUUCUAAAUUCAUAGAACACCAAAUCCAAGAACAUGGACUGGAAGAGAUAUGAUCCAACCCCUGCAUUUUGCAGAAGAUGGAACUGAAGCCCUAUGGAAGCUGAAGGAUUUGCUAAGGCCACAGCUGGUCAGUGACAGAACCAGUACUAGGUUCCAGACUGCAUACAUUCUAAGCCAGCAGUCUGAAGCUCCUCUUCCUGUCUCUCAAGGCUUAUCUUGUUUCACCUACUGCAGGAAGUCUCUUAGAUUUCUCUGCCUUAUCCUACCCUCCAUUAACUUAGCCAGAUUGUUACAUUUAAGCUCUUCUCCAUCCUUUCCCAUCCUUCAGGGGUUAUUUUAGGUCCUACUACCCGAAGCCUCUGAACUCCCUGUGUCUCAUCUCCCCAGCCAGAUUUCCAGAUCUGCCACACCCCCCAAUCCUUGCAAGGUCUGGUGGUAGAGUAGGUGUUGCUGACCCAGGCCUGUAGAAAUAAGCAUUAAUAAAGCUGGUGACUCUGG